AUGCUUUCCCGCACGUCAUCUUCUUCCUCAGCCGUUGGAGACUACAUCGGGACAGAGAGCUGCUUCGACGUCCUCUCCGCGGAUGAAGAAAACGACAUCAUCUCCACCGCCUCCGAGAGUUUGAGCCGUUAUCGCUACGGAGGAAGGAGGAGGGAGGAAAGAGAAGCAAGAGCUGCGGCGGCGCGUGAGUUUCCUCCGCCGAUACCGUUGCUUGCUCAGACGGAGAAUCUUCUCCCGCACAUGCCUUGGGUUCUGAAGCGUGUGGUGACGAGCGACGGGAGGCUUAUACUUAGAGAAGAGAAGGUUCGUCAUCACGAGUACUUCCGUGCGCAUAGAUCCAAUGGUCGUCUCACUCUCCACCUUGUCCCUCUUGACGACGACGUUUUCGAACUUCCCCAAGAGCCCACCACCUCUCAUUACCAACCUGAUGAUGAUGAUCACGAGUGUGAUGGUGAUGAUGUUGAUGAUCAUCACGAGGUGGAUGAUCUGGCGGAUAAUGUUGACAAGAGUGUUAUUAUUACUGUCCGUGAUGAGGAUGAUGGUGUUGUACAUAAUCAUGAUGAUGAUAAGGAUAAUGUGCAUGGUGCUAGUGAUGAUGGAUAUAUGAAAUCUAUAUUAGCGGAGGAGGCGGUGGUGGAGAGUGCAAGUAUGGUCGGAGGAGGAGGAGGAUCACCGAGAGGGAAGUGUUUGAAGUCAUGUUUUGUUGGUAUGAGAGCUCAAGAGAUCAGACCAGUCCUUAGUUGA